CUGGUCACAGUGCACAUGCGCGGAUAAGGACCCUGUAGUUCGUGAGGGUCGCUGUGCUCUAGUUCCGGUUCUGGUCCGUCCGGCUGUGACCGGUAUGUUCAGACUGCUUCUCUGGAGGCUCAGCGGGCCGCCGGGGUUCCUUUCUGCCGUCUCCACUCGCUCCUCCAGCGGCUUCCCUCCGCAGCUGCCCGCCGCUCAGGUCCGCAGGACCUUCUUGGACUUUUUCCAGGAGAAACAUGGACACCUGCUGGUUCCGUCCUCCCCGGUUCGGCCCAGAGGAGACCCCAGCCUGCUGUUCGUCAACGCCGGCAUGAACCAGUUCAAGCCCAUCUUCCUGGGAACGGCAGACCCCCGUACCAAGAUGGCGUCGUACCGCCGCGUGGUCAACAGUCAGAAGUGUGUCCGAGCCGGCGGCAAACACAACGACCUGGAGGAUGUGGGCCGAGAUGGACACCACCACACCUUCUUCGAGAUGCUGGGGAACUGGUCCUUCGGAGACUACUUCAAGGAGGAGGCAUGUGAGAUGGCUUGGAGCCUCCUCACAGAGCAUUAUGGGAUACCUGCAGACAGACUGUAUGUGUCCUACUUUGGUGGUGACGCAUCGUCACGGUUACCAGCUGACGAGGAGACGAGACACAUCUGGUUGGACAUGGGGGUCCCAGCCGCUCGUGUCCUGCCGUUUGGACUGAAGGACAACUUCUGGGAGAUGGGGGACACGGGCCCCUGUGGCCCCUGCACUGAGAUCCACUACGACCACGUGGGGGGCCGAGAUGCUGCAGCGCUCGUCAAUGCAGACAAUCCGGAUGUGGUGGAAAUCUGGAACCUGGUCUUCAUUCAGUACAACAGGGAGACGGACCAGAGUCUGAGACUGUUGCCCCGGUUUAGCGUGGACACCGGGAUGGGACUGGAGCGGCUGGUGAGCAUCCUGCAGGGUCGGCGGUCCAACUACGACACGGACCUGUUCAUGCCGCUGCUGCACGCCAUCCACCAGAGGUCGGGGGUGGAGCCAUAUGGCAGCGGGACCGGAGCAGCAGACGGGGGAAAGCUGGACCUGGCCUACAAAGUUGUGGCUGACCACAUCCGGACCUUAUCGGUCUGCAUCGCUGACGGAGUCCAUCCGGGCAUGUCUGGCGCCGAGUUGGUGUUACGGAGGAUUCUGCGGCGAGCUGUUCGAUUCUGUGUCGAGGUCCUGCAGGCUCCCCAGGGAGCGCUGGCAAGCCUGGUUCCCACUGUCACACAGAUUCUGGGGGAUGUGUAUCCGGAGCUGGAACGGGAGUCAGAUCGGAUCAUGGACGUGAUCAACGAGAACGAGGCUCACUUCCUGUCGUCUCUGCAGCAGGGCAGCCGGCUGAUCCAGAGGACGCUCUGGAAGGAUUCCAGACAUGGCCUCUUCCCGGCCUCUGUGGCCUGGUCUCUGCACCGAGAUCUGGGCUUUCCCCUGGACCUGGUGGACCUGAUGUUGGAGGAAAAGGGGGUCCAGGUGGACCGUCAGAAACUGGAUCGACUCGUUGCUGAGAACCAGAAGGCGGCGUCUGAGAUGCAGUCAGGUGUCCGGUCACGGCCGAUGUUGGACGUCCUCAGUCUAGCAGAGCUGCAGCGUCUUGGUGUCCCUCACACCGACGACCGUCCCAAAUACCAAUACCACCUGGAGAAGGACCGAUAUGUGUUCCCAGCAUGCCGUGCAGUGGUGGUGGGUCUGUAUGAUGGACAGAGUCUAGUGGACGUGGUCUCUGAGGGACAGCGCUGUGGAGUCAUCCUGGACCAGACCUGCUUCUACUCUGAGGAGGGGGGGCAGUCACAUGACCGGGGCUACCUGACCCCCCACGAGAAACAGGACAUGUUGUGUCCUGUGGAGGCGGUGGUUCGGGUGGGGGGUUAUGUGGUCCAUCAGGUCACUGCAGCAGACACCCUGAAGUCCGGAGACCAUGUCCAGCUCCACCUGGACCAGGUCCAGCGGAUGUCCUGCAUGGUGAACCACACAGCGACCCACAUCCUGAACUUUGCUCUGAGGAAGGUUCUGGGUCCGUCUGUCCACCAGAGAGGGUCUCAUGUUUCUGCCGACCGCCUGCGCUUUGACUUCAGCAUCAAGGGUUCUCUCAGCGUCUCCCAACUGCAGCAGGUAGAAAGGUGUGUCCAUGAGAUCGUCUCAGCCAAUCAGAUCAUCCACAGCCUGGAGGUUCCUCUGCAGAAAGCCAGGAGCAUCAGAGGACUGAGGACGGUGAACGAGGUGUAUCCAGAUCCUGUUCGGGUGGUGUCAUUGGAUGUGCUGGUCUCAGAGCUGUUGGACGGUGGGACGGACAGAGAGACCUCUGUAGAGCUCUGUUGUGGAACCCACCUGCUGCAGACCGGCGCCAUCCAGGACCUGGUGAUUGUCUCGGAGAAACAGCUGGUUAAAGGAAUCAGUCGAGUUGUCGCGGUGACCGGACAGGACGCAGCACGGGCUCGGGAGGCCGGUCAGGUUCUUGCUCAAGAUGUGGACUCUCUGUCAGCCAGACUCUCAGGCUCCACCCCUUCCAGCCUGGACUCCGCCCACCAGUUCUCUAAGGAGGCCAGUGUCCUGUCUGAUGCUGUAGAUAACACCCCCAUCCCCCAGUGGCAGUGCAGAGACCUGCAGAACCGCCUCAGAGCGCUGAUCAGGACCGCCAACACUCUCAUCAGGAAGCUGGAGACCAGACAGGCUGCAGACAGAGCUCAGGCUCUGCUGGAGAAGAACUUCAGGAAGGAGGUGCUGGUGGACUCUGUGGAGACGGACUCGCUGUCGGUUCUGAUGAAGACUGUCAACCAGCUGAGCGCCGCGGCUCCUUUCAGUCAUGUGAUGCUUCUCGCUCACCGGAGGAAUUCUGGGACAGUUCUGUGCGCUUGUCAAGUUCCCAAGGACUCGCCGGCCUUCACAGCCUCUGAUUGGGCGGUGGCAGUGUGCCGUCACCUUGGGGGGAGUGGUGGGGGCUCUGCUGUGGUUGCCAAGGGAACAGGAACUGCCAGUGACAUCACAGAGGCCCUGAAAUGGGCUGAGGACUUCGCCCGCCAGAGAACACAGCGAUGAUGUCACCGAUGUCAGAGCGCUGUCUGGUGGAAGCUCCUCCCAUAUCGCCUUUUUUUUCUUUGGUUGGCAGAAAUUUAACAUUUCUUUGUUUUAGAAGAAAUUAAAACCAAAACCACUCAGUCUUUA